UUGUUUGGGGUAUAUGAGUGUUGUGUUCAUGUAUAUUUGUUUUGAAGAAAUUCGAUGUGUGUUUCAUUGUUUUAGAUGUAUUAGUAACAUUUAAAACUUAUAGAAUAAUGUCUGUUUCAAUGUCCAUUGCAUUUAAAAAUCUAUCUUCUCUCACAAGAAAUAGUUGUAGAUUGUAUAGUAAAAAUGUUUUGCGUCGGAGGCCGGUUAGGGUUCUUAAUGUUCCUUCAGAUGAAACACUUCAGCCAGUCCAAAGUGAAAAUUUCGCAUCGAAGUUUCAGCUCACCAGAGAAAAUGUAAAAGAUGUUGUAGUUGAAUUUCCUAAAGAUCAAGAAAGUGGUCUUAUUGUUCCCCCAUAUGAAAAGCUUCAGAAAAAUGAUCCUCGUUUCACGAAAACUUUAACCAUGCUUAAGAACAGGAAGUUGAGAGAGAAAAAGGAAAAGAUUCUUAUCGAAGGAAAAAGAUUAAUAAAUGAUGCAAUUGAUGCAGGCAUGGUAUUAGAAACUCUUUACUUUAGCAGAGAAAAAGAACUGCCUGAAAUUAAAUUCAAGUUCCAGGAAAAUGUUGAGAUUUUCAAGGUCUUCUAUAAAACAUUGCAAUUAUGGUCUAACUUAACAACUUGCCCUGGCAUUAUGGGAGUUUUUAAAAAGCCCACCACUGAAACACUACACAUACUGUCGGAACCCGCUAUACCAGUCACUCUGAUUUGUGAUAAUAUCAGAGAUCCUGGAAAUUUAGGAUCUAUAAUAAGAAAUGCUGCAGCUGCUGGAUGUCAAAAUAUUUUAUUGACUAAAGGUUGUGUUGAUCCUUGGGAACAUAAAGUCUUGAGAGCUGGCUGUGGAGGACAUUUUCGAAUUCCAAUCAUAAAUAAUAUUGAAUGGACACAAAUCUCAAAUUAUAUACCUAAAAAAUCAACUGUCUUUAUUGCUGAUAACUCAGCAGAUAUUGUUGAGAGUUCAAUCACACCAGAAUUUAUCAACUAUGAUGAAGUUCCUGAUGAGGAAGUAAAUAAAAAUGGUGAAGUAGAAAUAAAGAAAUAUGUAACAACAAAUGAAUGCAAUCAGCCAGUAACCAUUGAUGAAACUUAUAAUGAACCAACAGAAUUGGAAAAAUUUGAAGAAAUUGAUUUGCCUUGCCAUCUUUAUUCAGGAAUUAAAUUUCCUAAAGAAAAUAUAGUUUUAUAUGUUGGUGGUGAGACUCAUGGUGUUGAUGCACGAGCAGUUAAAUUAGCUUGUGAUUAUGGUGGAAAAAAGGUAAAGAUACCACUCGAGAACAGCAUGGAAAGUCUGAACUCAUCUUUUGCAGUGACAAUUAUUUUAUAUGAAAUUAAAAGACAGUUGACUGAAACAUAUGUACUAAAAUAAAAUAUUUUAUCUCUGAU